AUGGAGCUGACCAAGAUAUUACUGCUGAUUGUGGCUGAAUGGACGAUUGGCCUGGCUUUACCUGUGCAGGUCUUCAAUAAAGCAUAUGAAGAAACCAUCAAUGACCUACGUAAAGAAGCUAAAACAGUUUUCGAACUGAUAGAAGCUGCAAACAAAGAUAUUAGCAAGCCUCUAGUGCAUGGAGACAUUGUCGUUAAUACUGGCCGGGGUGUGAAGAAUUGCUAUAGUUGCUUCUGGCCGGCAUCCCCGGAUGGAGUGGUUCCUGUCCCUUAUGUUAUUUCCUCAGUAUACUCAAGCAUUCAGAAAUUGCUUAUUACUGAGUCCAUGAAACAGAUUGAACUCAUGAGCUGUGUGAAGUUUGUUCAGAGAACAUCACAAUGGGACUAUCUGAGCCUUGAAUCUGGAAAUGGGUGCUGGUCAAAUGUAGCAAGGCAAGGUGGCAAACAGACUGUCAGUCUGGACAAGUCAGGCUGCCUGGGCUCAGGAACAAUCCAACAUGAACUUAUGCACUCUCUGGGAUUUUUCCAUGAACAUAGCAGGAGUGACAGAGAUAACCAUGUUGACAUCUUUUGGAAGUACAUCAGUGAUGCAAACAAGUUCAACUUUAACAUCGUGGACAGCAACAAUAUGAACCUUCCGUAUGAUUAUACAUCAGUCAUGCAUUAUCAAAAUACGGCUUUCACUAACACCCCUGGUCACGCUACCAUAGCUGCAAAAGGCAAUGCUUCUUUACCACUUGGACAGAGUAUAGGAAUGAGCCACCUGGAUGUGAUCAAACUUAACAAACUCUAUAACUGCAAUGUCUGCCGAGUGAAACUAAUGGAUCAAUCAGGGUCUUUCUCAACUGACAAUGUCUCAUUCGGACAAGAUCGUAGUUGCCUCUGGUUAAUUCAAACUGACUCUUUCAAACUGGUUCAUCUUCAGCUCAGUGACAUUAAUAUCCCUGCUUCCGCUGGAUGCUCUGACAGCUAUAUAAAGGUUUAUGAUGGGAACAGCAAAUCUUCUAGUGUUAUCUUGGACAAGACUUGUGGAGCUGGAAUAAUCCCACCACUUAUCUCUUUUGGGAAUAGCAUGCUAAUAGAAUUCAUGAGCAAUCAGACACCAUAUCUUAGCAGAUUUAAUGCUUUCUAUGAGACAGUUUCUUAUGGAGGAACUUUAACCAGCCCUUCUGGAAGAAUCAUCUCUCCAUCCUAUGGCAAGGCAUAUCCCAACAAUAUAGAUGCUGAAUGGUCCAUUAUAGCUCCACCACAGUCUAAAGUGUUUCUGGAAUUCAUUGAUUUUGACCUGCAAGAUUGCUCAGGUUGUUCCUGUGACUCUCUGACUAUAAUUGAUGGUGCCAGAUCAACUUCCCCAGUCCUGGGCAAAUACUGCAACACUGAUGUGCCCGAUUCUUUGACAUCUUCUGGAAAUGUGAUGAUAUUGAGGUUUCACAGCGAUAACCAGACAAGUUCUUUUGGUUUCUUUUUAUCAUAUUUCUUUGGUAAGACUCAAAAGUGGAGCAUCAAUCACCAGCGUUCACCCCAGCAGUGA